AUGGAAAACAAGCAACAAUCAGAAGGGCCAUUUUUAGCAAUGUUUCCGGGAAUUCCACCUCCGAUGGAUUUAAAUUUUCAAGUUUACAAAAAGUCUGAUUCUGUUAUUUUUCAAGAGUGUAUUGUUACAAGUCAAAAUGAGAGAGUUAAUUAUGAAGCAAGAAACUCAGAAAAAAUGGAUAAUGAUCAAUCAAACAAUGAUUACAUGAUUGCCAUCUAUAAUAAAAAAACAAAAACGAUAACAUUUAAAGAAAUUCCAGUUAUAAGUUUUAAAGCUACUCCUAAACGCAUUAAAUUAGAAAAAGAAAAGAAACCAGACAUUCCUAAAGAUUAUGCUACUGCUAGAAAAGCUCUUGAUUUAGAAUUUAGCACUAAGAAAAGACAGUCACAAAUUAAUGCGAUUCAAAGAGGCAAAAUUGAUGUAUCACAAAUGGAAGGCAUUGAAAAUUUUGUUGAAGUAGUUGGCGAAAAAGUCAAAACAAUAUUGAUACCUCCAUAUAACCUUGAAGCAACAAAAUUAAAUGAAGUUUAUAAUUUAGAAGACAUUCUGACAAAAGAAGAGUUUGAACUGCUUAAUAUUGAUUUUAUUUUGUCAAUUAAAAAUAAUAAUCAAGUAUUGGAACAUUUAUCGUUCAAAAGUUUUGCACAUUCCAGUAUUAAUAACCAAGAUAUAAUGUCAAAAAAUUUAAACAAUCCACCAAGAAAAAUUUUAGAAGGGCUUUAUGAAAGAUAUACAGAAAAAUUAUAUAAAAAACAAGGAGGUGCACCAAGAUUUAAAUUUACUACAAAAUCAGAAAAUAAAUUACUAUGUUGGAUGUUUACAUUAUGUUUAAUGUUGGAUGGAUAUCGAGUAGAAACUGAAGCAUUAGUUCAAGAUUUGCUUUUAACUAAAACAAAGUAA